AUGGGGCAACCCGUAAUACAAAACCCCACUCUGUCAUCACCCCCGCUUUCUCCCUCUGCUUCCGGCCUUCCUGUCAUCAUUCGGACGCCCAGCUCCGAGUACCCUGCAAAAUCCACCACACUCUCCAACGGAGUCAAAAAGAGCCUCAAGGACGGCCAUGCUUGCUAUUCGUCUCUUCGACAUCAACCUCGCCCCAGGCCGCCGUCCACUAGAUCCAUCUCCAACGACGCCGCUCAAUCCGCUUCGAGUCACGUCAAACCAGUUCAGCGCGGCGUCCAAGCUGCCAACCACCCCACCGUUGCCCACGCGCCCGGCGCAAGCUUCUCCGUCGCCACAAAACCUCAGGAUCGAGAUCCCAGCCUGCUCCGCAGACCGCCACACCAAAACGGCUUGGAUGGCCUGAGCAGCUAUCAACUCGAUCACAAUGGUCGCAUCCCCGCCAACGACUUCAACUAUCUGCAACGCGACAAGCUCGUACUUAGCGCACAAGACUCGGCCAUCCGCUCUGGCAACCUGCACUGGGUCGCACUCAUGGAUCUCGCCCAUCUCGCUUCGCAGCACCAUCUGAGUCCCUACAGUGUCAUGAAGUUUGGCCCCCGCGGCUCGCCGUUUGCCUACAUUCCCAUCACCUUGCAGCAACCCGAGCUGGUCCACACCACCAUGGUCCGACAGAGAGAGCAAGAACUUGGCGCCAAAGCUUGGUUGAUCGCUAAUCGCCAGACCAAACUCGCUCGCCCCACCAUCACCGCCGACGUCCGCAUCCACACUGACGACGACCUGCCCGUGCUUAGCUUGCCUUCCGACAUGUUUCAGUCCAACGGUAUCAAGUCACCACCCAACGCACUCUCGCCCGCUCCCAGUGUCGGCACCAAACGACCAGCUUCCGUAACCACACCUCCUGGCACACGCGCUAGCAGCCUACUUCGCACCGACACUCGACACGUCGAACGCGAUCUCAACAAGGCAACGGCCGGCUCGCCUCCUACGCAACUCACGCCUCCUUGCUCCAAUCAAGCAUCCUCCUCCAAUCAAGCAUCCUCCUCCAAUCAAGCAUCCUCCUCCGAAGACCAUGUGUCUUGCCAACCAGAAGACAAUUCGCACCAGGUUGACCUCUCCAACUUUGACCGCUCCACAAGGAUGGUCGAGAACGGCACAGCUCCCAAAGCCCAACCCACGAAUCCAGCUACGCAGCCCACCGCCAUCUCAGACGGACGUGGUCACGACCAUGUGGCCGACCCAUUGAUGACCAGCUCGCACGCUGGUAGCAGCAUCGAGCUAGGUGGUCCUCUGGACAAGGAGCGUGUCAUGGCACAGGAGAUGGAACACGCCAGUCCCACUGACAAACCUGCCCAUCCCAAUGGUGCCAAAGACUCCAACAACGCUGUGCUCGACCCAAUCAAGCAUGCUCAGAGCGAUUCGUGCGGUCCAACCAGCAAUAUCACGACCGAAGAACAGCAGCAGCAGCAGCAGCAGCAGCAAAAUCAGCUCGCAAUAAAGACGUCGGACACGCACCCGAUCCAUAUAAGUCCCAUCUUGUCGGAUGAUCUGCUCGCAGACGUCGGCCGUCGCAUUCGCUCGACUGCUGAAUCGCAGUUGCUUGGACUCGGCUCCCUCAACGCCAACGCCAACGACAGUUGCGCUCAGCAGUCAACGUCCCUUACCGAGCACUAUUUCGAUAACCACUCGCUCCAACAGAUGCAAGGAUCCCGGCUGAUUCGCUUGCGCAACAUGCUCGAUCUCACCUCUGUCACCGCCACCGAUCCCAGCGCCGAUUACCUUUCUCAAUCGCAGCUCGCCGAGCAGAACACCCUGACGCUCACCACCGGCACUACACAUGCCUCGAAUCGCAACACGGCCGCGCUUGAUACGAUUGGUAAUCUCUUACUCUCCUCUUGUCCUGGCAAAAAAGUGCGACUGAACGGACCGGUUCGCGGGCGAGGCGCCAUCUGUCGUGAUCUCGGCCUCGACCUUACGCGCAUCCGUUCCAUCGGAGUUGGAGCCGUUGUAUGCUGCCUCAACGACGAAGAGCUGUCGUACCUGGGAGCUCCCUGGGACGAAUACGAGCGCCAAGCUGACCGAUUAGGUCUCGACAUCUACCGUCUACCCAUGGCGGAAGGAUUCGCGCCAACCAACGUGCAAGAGAUGGAUGCAGCCAUGACAUCCAUCGUCCAAGAUUGCACAUUGAGGGGAAUCAAUGUGCUCGUUCACUGUCGAGGCGGAGUGGGUCGCGCUGGCUUGAUCGCUUGUAGUUGGUUGUUGAAGAUGGGCUUUGUCGGCGACAAGAGUCGCACAGGGUCGCGCGUCGGUGACAGCCUAGUCGGAACGCACGCAUCCAGCAAGCAGAUUGUGGAGCGUACCACGAGUCGUCGUUCGAACGACGCGCUCAUCGACGCCAGCAAGAGUGAUCACCACGACAAGGACGGAGAUGACCUCUACACCACCACCAACGGCAGCAGCAACGCCCACACGGCCAUGGCCGAACACCAAAUCGAAACUCAGAUGGACGAAUCCGAACAAGAGGCCGAGUGCGAUACCAUUCUCGACACGGUGCGCUGCCUCGUCGACACCAUCCGAAGGAGACGCAGCCCCAAAGCGAUCGAGACUGCCGAACAGGUGCGAUUCCUCGUCGAAUACGUCACUUACUUGCAUCGUCAGGAACGUCUCAAAGUUCGCUUUGCCGCUCAAAACGCUUUGUGA